AUCACCACCACCACUAAAACCCCGCCUCCAAAAUCUCGGUCAGCACAGAAUCUCUGUCCCAAUCGUCAAGCCACCGAUUUCUCCCCCAAAAUUCUCCUCUUUACCUUUUUUAGGGCAUAAAAUAUCUCCCCUCUAGUGUUUCGGAUCAACUCAAUCUUCUGAUUCAUCAUCGAGUUCGUCGUCGUCGCGGCCAUAUGAUGGCGGCGUCGAGGUGCCUCGAGACCCUGCGGCCAGCCAUUACGCGUUUAAUCUCAGAGCUCGCUGUUCCAUUAUCCUAGAAGGUCUUUUCUUGGUUCUGUUGGAUCGCUGUAUAGCGUUAGGGAUUGUUCUUGGGAGAAUCAUCGAGUUCAGCGCCGAAGCAGGACGGUUUCUGAUUGGAUCCGGAGGGGUUCGAUGAGUGAUGGUGUCUGUUUCCGGCGGUUCAGUGGGUUUCUAUCGGAUUCCAUUGGGAGUAGAACUUCAAGAGAUGCGAGGUAUUUGCAUGAAGCGAACGCAUUUUUCUCCACUUCUGCCGGUGAAAUGUCAGCAAAACCAGCUGUUGGAGCUGGGCAAAAACUCAAAAAUGACAUGGCGAGAAAAGAAUCCCCUGAUGAGAAAAUUACUGACAUGAAAAUCAUUCGUACCCUUGCAAAAUACUUGUGGCUGAAAGAUAAUGUAGAGUUCCGCUUUAGGGUUGCAAUGGCUUUGGGACUGCUUGUUGGUGCGAAGGUCAUAAAUGUUCAAGUACCUUUCUUGUUCAAACUUGCUGUGGAUUGGCUUUCAGCUGUCACUGGUUCUUCUACUACAUUCGCAUCAUUUACAGAUAACAACUCCACUUUACUAGCACUUUUUGUGAGCCCAGCAGCUGUUCUUGUUGGGUAUGGAAUAGCACGUGCUGGUUCAUCUGCCUGCAAUGAAUUACGAAAUGCUGUGUUCUCCAAGGUAGCACUAAGAGCCAUCCGCACUGUGUCUAGGAAGGUAUUUUCACAUUUGCAUGACCUCGAUCUUCGGUUUCAUUUAAGUCGCCAAACUGGAGCAUUGAAUCGAAUAAUUGAUCGAGGUAGCCGCGCUAUAAACUUUAUCCUUUCAUCAAUGGUCUUCAAUGUUGUGCCCACUAUCCUAGAGAUUGCUAUGGUGUCGGGUAUUCUUGCAUACAAGUUUGGAGCUACUUUUGCAUGGAUCACAUCACUAUCUGUUGCAGCCUAUGUUGCCUUUACUUUAGUUGUCACACAGUGGCGAACUAAGUUCAGGCAAGCAAUGAAUAAAGCUGAUAAUGAUGCGAGCACUAGGGCCAUAGAUUCAUUAUUGAAUUACGAGACUGUCAAGUAUUUCAACAAUGAAGCAAUUGAAGUUGCAAAAUAUGACACAUUAUUAAAGAAGUACGAGGAUGCUGCAUUGAAAACUCAAAGUAGCCUUGCUUACUUGAACUUUGGCCAAAAUGUUAUAUUUAGCACUGCUCUAUCAACAGCGAUGGUUUUAUGCUCGUAUGGGAUACUGAAUGGUGCAAUGACAGUUGGUGAUUUGGUCAUGGUUAAUGGACUUCUCUUUCAGCUUUCUCUACCUCUCAAUUUCCUUGGAAGUGUAUAUAGAGAAACCAGACAGAGCCUUAUUGAUAUGAAGUCCAUGUUCCAAUUGCUUGAGGAGAGGCCUGAAAUCAGGGAUGAGCAUGAUGCGAAACCAUUAACAUUGUCUGGAGGAAGCAUUGAAUUUGAUAAUGUACACUUCGGAUACCUAACAGAACGCAAGAUUCUGGAUGGGGUAUCGUUUGUCGUUUCAGCAGGGAAGAGUGUGGCUAUUGUUGGAACCAGUGGCAGUGGAAAAUCAACAAUCCUUAGAUUGCUCUACAGAUUCUUUGACUCUGAUUCUGGCCAUAUCAGAGUCGACGGUCAGGACAUACGAGAUGUUUCCUUGGAAAGCCUUCGGAAAUGCAUUGGUGUCGUGCCACAGGACACUGUGCUUUUUAAUGAUACAAUAUUCCACAACAUUCAUUAUGGUCGACUAUCAGCCACUGAGGAGGAGGUACUUGAUGCUGCUCGACGUGCUUCAAUUCAUGACACUAUCAUGAACUUCCCAGAGAAGUAUUCAACUAUAGUUGGUGAGCGAGGACUAAAGCUAAGCGGGGGAGAAAAACAGCGUGUAUCACUUGCUCGGGCAUUCUUGAAGUCACCUUCUAUCUUGCUCUGUGAUGAAGCCACAAGUGCACUCGACAGCACAACUGAGGCUGAAAUAUUGAAUGCUUUAAGAACAAUAGCAAACAACCGCACAUCGAUUUUCAUUGCUCAUCGGCUUACGACAGCAAUGCAGUGUGAUGAGAUUAUUGUUCUGGAGAAUGGAAAAGUUGUCGAACAGGGUCCACAUGAAGUUCUCUUGUCCGGGCCGGGGAGAUAUGCACAACUUUGGGCUCAGCAAAACAACAAUGAUGUGGUUGAUGCAAAUGUUAGAAUAGUCUCCUAAAUCCGUGAGAAGAAAUGCAGGAAGUUGUUUCCUCUCACGUUCGCUCUCAUAGCACUGGGUGGAGUAAAAUAAAUAACCACCAUGGGUUACAAAGGCUUGCUCCGGCACCAAAAUAUUUCUGCCUAAAGGCAUCGAAAAGACAGAACUGCAAAUCCUCACGAACAAUUCUUGUCAGCCACCACCAAUCUUUUUUGUUUCACCAUCACUUGGCAUAUUCUCGACAAUUUGAUUUAAUUAACUUGUAAAAGUAAUUUUCUGCUUAUUACAAGCAAUGUUAUUUUUCUUAUUUUUUUUUUCAAUAUUUAUACGAAACAGUGCUGUGUCAAUGUUCAUUAUCUUGUAAUGUGAUCCUUUAUCUCCCAGAAAAACCUUUAUAGCAAUAAAACAGAUGGUCUUUCUUA